AUGGGUUUCUCGCACUCGCUCGAGGUUCUAUACGCACUUCUGCAGUUAUACACAAGCAGAGCUGCAUCUUCCUCUAGCUUCUCCGAUGUCCCCUAUCCGCAUCUCCAGCAACGAUUGCAGCAAACUUUACGUGCGGUGGCGCUCACGGCCUUUGGCGCCGUAUCCUUUCCUCUGUUCUUGCUCUGUCUUGUUCCGCUGCUCUCUCCGCUGCGAUUCUCAAGUUUCACUGCGUUUUUAUUGGUAACAGUCUCGUUGUGGAUCGCUACAGUCUCCCAUAUAGCACUUCGGUAUGUACUGCUACCUAUGCCCCGGAGAGCGUCGGGGGAGCCGGUCCGCGGAGGGUUCCAGGCUGCCGUCUGUGCUGUCGUGGAUGUUGUUAAUCGUGUGCGCCAGCAGCCACAGCUGCCCGUGCUGCUGCUUCUUUGCAUGAUUCACUCGUACGCAUGGAAGCUCGUACUUUACUACGGUAUGGAGCACGGCCCCGGAAUCUCAGUAGACUUUCAAUCGUUUGCAGUUGCCGGUGGCCUCGUAGCAUUCACUUCCUUUGUCCUAAUCGAAAACAGUUUGGCAGAAGAUCCGUUUGUGUUGGAACCACGUACAGCAUUUGUUAAAGAGAUGCAGCGAAAUGUGGUGCGUGCAGUACGUCGUGGAAUGCUUGUGUAUAUUGUGGGAUACGCUUUGAGCUAUCUGUUCGGUGGUAGCAGUGAUGGUGAGAUUAAUGCGGCAGAAAUGAGCUUUUUCUCACUCUACACAUCAAUAGUAUCUUUUCAAGUGACAACGAGUAUCCUCGAAAAUCUGGCAAUACUCAGUGCUACUUCAGUAUUCAGAAUUCUCCUAUAUCGUGGGAGUCACCAGGUGGUAGGUGCUGCGUUCAGUAAGUCUGCCAACUUGUGGGAUUCACUUGUAGCUGUGGAGCUGAAUAAUUGUGAUGUUGCAAGUGCGUUGUUUGCGACGGAAAAUGUGGUCGACCGACAGAAUGCCACGCCGCUGGAUGAACAGUAUUCUCAAAGUUUGCUCCAGCGAAAAGAGGCGGCUAUGAAAAAAAUUUCGGACAAGAAAACCAUAAAAGCUCCUGCAGAUGUGGAAGAUAUCGAAAUUUUUGACAGUUUAUUCAAAUUCGACAACUUACUUACUGGAUGUAAAUUCGACGCUGCCGUGCGAGAGUCGCUUUUCUCGUCCUGGAAUCGUUGGAAUGCGCUGUUUACUUCCUCAACUGCGGUUGUAGAUGGGUUUACCUUGAUGUUACAGCUGCUGAAUGCGCUACCGGAAACAAAAGGCGAUCCGAAGAAUGACUCGCCGACCGGCGCAUUGGCUCUUGAAAAAUCCGUUGCAACAUUACUGCGCUUUUUGAACUUACAUCAAGAUGCGCAUCCACUCUUUUUGCUUCAGCAUUACCCCCAUCUAGCAAAUCUUCGUAUCUCGUCUUCCAGUGUAAAGUCAUCCAUCCGAUAUUUUUUCGAGUCAAAGCUGCAGUUCGCUAAUCGCCGCUUCAUAUUGGAAGAAGCACGACGACGUGUGUUCCAGCGUGUAAAAGUUGUUUACACGGCAGAGACGCUGCUUUGUCAUCUAGUUUGUGCCUCGCGUGCCGAAGACAAGCAGGGAUAUGUUCAGCACGCUAUUCCCGCUGUGCUUUCAUCGCUCGUAGAUUGCCGCAACUCUUUGACUGCGUAUUUAGAAACGUGUCUGAAGGGCAGCGUUGCAACUGACGUCUAUGUGCAACAAGCUACCGCACUUGCAAAAGGUAUUGACAGCGGAAUAUAUCGCAUCACGGAGGUAUUUCAAGGCGAACUGUCUUUGCUUCAGUUCUCUUCUGAUGUAAGAACGGCUCUGCUCGCAUAUACAAGCUUUGAAAUUUAA